CUGACUGUCUUGGCUGUACUAGCCGCUCCGGACAUAGUGCUGUAAAAAUGCUGCUCUCUGUGCCGCCAAGGACAGGAAUCAACCCAUAUAACGGCUAUACCAGCAGAACCAGUAAAAAGGUAUGGCAAGAUUGUAUCAACAAAGGCCAUCUUGGACAAGACCACCAACAAGUGUAAAGGUUAUGGCUUUGUGGAUUUUGACAGUCCAGCAUCGGCACAGAAAGCAGUGACUGCACUGAAAGCUAGUGGGGUCCAGGCUCAGAUGGCCAAGCAACAGGAGCAGGACCCCACCAACCUGUACAUCUCCAACCUGCCCAUGUCCAUGGACGAGCAGGAGCUGGAGAGCAUGCUCAAGCCCUUCAGCCAGGUCAUCUCCACCCGCAUCCUCCGAGACGCCAACGGCACCAGCCGCGGCGUAGGCUUUGCCAGGAUGGAGUCAACAGAGAAAUGUGAGACCAUCAUUCAACAUUUUAAUGGCAAAUACAUAAAGACUCCUCCUGGCGUGCCAGUGCCCACGGAGCCCCUGCUGUGUAAGUUUGCGGACGGAGGCCAGAAGAAGCGGCAGAGUCAGGGGAGGUACCAGCAGAACGGGCGGCCCUGGACGAGGGAGGGGGAGACGGGAGGAAUGACGUUGACCUAUGACCCCACCCCAGCCUUACAGAAUGGGUUCUACUCAUCGCCCUACAGCAUGGCCCACAACCGAAUGAUUGCACAGACGUCCAUUUCACCGUAUAUGCAUUCUCCCGUAUCCACCUAUCAGGUACACAGUCCAUCCUGGAUGCAUCCCCAGUCAUACCUCAUGCAGCCCACAGGAACCGUCCUGACGCCCACCAUGGAGCACCCCAUGUCCAUCCAGCCCACCUCUAUGAUGGGCCCCCUCGCGCAGCAGCUCAGCCACCUAUCACUGGGCAACGCCGGCACGUAUAUGGCUGCCAACACGGCUAUGCAAGGGACCUACAUCCCCCAGUACACUCAAGUGCCUCCCUCCAGCGUCGCAGUAGAGGAAAACAACGUUCCACAACAGCAGGUCGCCAUAGAGACCCCGACGGAACACACCACCUACUCCUACCAGCACAGCAAAUGAGGAGGUGUGUGAAUCCUGUGGAGGUCCAGUGCGUGCUGGAGAGUGUUUCUCUCUGGGACAAGGACACGGUCUACCUGAAGCCAAGUGCUGAAAGACACUCAAAACACUACAUGGACAAACACACACAUGUUGAAGACAAAGAACGGAACAGAUUUUUUUUUCUAAAAAAAGAAGACAAAAGACAAAAAAAAAACACUACCAAAAAGGAAAGACAUUUUUAUUCUACCACAUAUUUUUUGGUUCGUUCUGGGCAGCAGGCUAGCCCUGUGUGGAGGACUGCUUGCACAGAGUGCUGAAACUGCUGCAUUUAAGAAGAGACUCUAAAGCUAAAGCAAUGAAAUGAACAAAACUGGCUAAGAAAACAUCAAAGGCAACACACACAUACACUCACUGUCAGACAUACAUGCAGAGACAGAGACUGAUGCACAGCAAAAGCCUGAGCAACCCCCCCAACACACUUACACACACACACACACACACACACACACACACACACACGUACACAAACAAACAAACAAAGGCUACACACACACACAGAGAAACAUUAUUUUUCUGCACGUAAUACAACCAUUUUUUUUAUUAUUCUGGGAGUCCAGAGUUAAAUGAGAAAAUUGAGGCUACACCAUGUGUCGUUUUAGAAUUUUAGUAUGAUUUAUUUGUUCUUUUCUUUUUGAAGUGUUAUUUUGAAUUCUUAAGCUGUCAGCUACAGUGAAAAUGUUUUUUUGUACAGGUCAAGAGGUCAUCCAGCAAUCAACAUGUCCUUUUUUGCAAUGAUGUGGCUUUAUUUUUAACAAAUUAAAAGAUUUUAUGUGAAACUAUUAACAAACUGCUUAAAGCUGUUUUGUUCUGAUGGCAGUGGGGGUUUCCCAUAAUGUGUAGUUCUUUUAGAAUUGUGAACAUCACUAAUUCCUCUUGUAGAAUUACAUAGCAGUGGUUGAGCCUACCAUAGGCAAAAAAAUAAUUUGGCAGGUUUCAUUCCAUACAAAGCCUGCUAUUACAAUAGAUCUGGUUAGAGUCAGAAAAAGUUAAUUUUAAAAUGCUUUAAAAUGUCAGUCGACUGAACAAAAGGAAAUAGAAAGCCCAGUAGAAUUUCUGUGGUAGGCUAGAAAUGUAUUGCCCGCAUAUCUUACGAUGGUGCUACUGUUUGUGGGGCAAGUCUGCCCCCUGUCUUCGCCUCCAUACCUUGUGUCCAUGCCAUUCACUGAACAUCACUACCAUGCAAAGUAGCUUUAAGCAGUUUUGAUGGAUGGCUUAGGAAUAAACUGUCCAAUACUUCA